UCUACUGCAACAGAAAUUGCCACCACCGUUGUGACCAUCACUUCAUGCUCUGACAACAAGUGUACCGUGGUCCCAGUUACCACUGGUGUCACCACUGUCACUGUCAGUGAUGUUGUUUAUACCACCUACUGUCCAUUGCCAGGAAAGGAAACCACCACCGCUACUACCCAAGUGACUAAGGAACCAGUCCCAGCCCCAGCUCCUGGAACCGAAACUAAGACACUCACUCAAACCUCGUUAGAAACCGUGACCUCCUGUUCCGACAACAAGUGCCACGAAACCAACGCUCCAGCUCCAAAGCCAGAGACGAAUGCCCCAGCUCCAAAGCCAGAGACUAAUGCUCCAGCUCCAAAGCCAGAGACUAAUGCUCCAGCUCCAAAGCCAGAGACCAAUGCCCCAGCUCCAAAGCCUGACACUGCUGCUGUCACUGUUACUGCUGUUGAACCACCAAAGCCUGUUGCUACCACUGUCACCAACACCGUUUCCAAGGCUGCUGUUACAGUUUCUGGUGUGCCUCCCCAACAAACCACCUCCGUGGUUGUUCCACCACCAGUUGUGACUCCUUCUGAAGGUAAUGCUGUCAUGAACAGAAUCAACAUCGGAGCUGCUGGUCUCUUGGGUGCAUUGGCACUUUUGUAA